ACCCGCAAUCCCCAACCCGACAAACCCCUAAUCUUCAUCAGGAUUUGACUCUAAUCGUGAACAAUCUAGGGCUGGAAUAGGGCGGUUUUCGCAGUAGCAAUCAUGAAUAUCUUCAGACUGGCUGGGGACAUGACACAUUUGAUUAGUGUCUUAGUUCUCCUCCUGAAAAUCUACGCUACCAAAUCAUGCUCAGGAAUAUCAUUGAAGACGCAAGAGUUAUAUGCUAUUGUGUUCGUGACUCGGUAUCUGGAUUUGUUCACUGACUUCAUCUCUCUUUACAACACUGUGAUGAAACUGGUUUUUAUUGGUAGCUCUUUGGCAAUUGUCUGGUGUAUGAGGUACCAUCGGGUUGUCAGGCGCUCAUAUGACCGUGAGCUAGACACUUUUCGUUAUUGGAUUCUUCUUGGGGCGUCUUUCAUUCUGGCACUUGUUCUUCAUGAGAAAUUUACCCUUCAAGAGGUAUUCUGGGCUUUCUCAAUAUACCUGGAGGCAGUUGCCAUUCUUCCCCAGUUGGUGCUCUUGCAAAGAAGUGGAAAUGUUGAUAAUCUGGCCGGACAAUAUGUGUUCUUCCUUGGGGCCUACCGUGCAUUUUACAUCUUAAACUGGAUUUACCGCUAUCUGACAGAGCAGCGUUUCACUAGAUGGAUUUCUUGCGUCUCUGGUCUUGUCCAGACAGCCCUUUAUGCAGAUUUCUUUUAUUAUUACUUCAUCAGCUGGAAAAAUAACGCUAAGCUUCAACUACCAGCAUGAGGCAAAGAAGAUAUAUGAUGAACAGUUUUAACACCUAACCGGAAUCUGGUUUCAUGCUGUGGCUUGUGAUAUAAUUUUGGCAUACUACUUUUUUUGGAUGUGAGAUCAUACAUGGAGUUUGGCCGAGGGUCAAGUAUUUCACUGAGCUCCUCUUACAUUGUUAGAUUCAGAAUUUCAGAUACAGUAGUACCCUUGUUAAUAUGUCAGAAAUUUGUUAAUUUGAAAAUAUUGUCUGCAUUCCUGUCAAAUGUGAUUCGAACUUUCAAAGAUAUGACUAAUCAAUUAUUUUGCUU